CAGUGAUUGGUCCAUCAAUUAAGUAGCAGCGAACACUAUAUGUACGACACACCGCCUGUCUUGGCGAUCGGUUUAACAAAAAGUUUAAAGAGAUAACACGACUAACGUGAUAAUCGGAGCAGUGAUGCCUCGGAAAAGCCAUGUGUUGUUUUUCUUCGUGGCGGCGGCUGUGACGUCCCUGCAGCUUUGUAAUGGACAGGCUGCUGAUGGACAGGCUGUUGUACAAAGGCCUUCAGCGCUUGGCAGUGUACGCUUCAGGAGUGUGACACAUGAAUCUGGGACCCCAACACAACAUGGUUCACUUGUUUUCAAGUUUAAUGAAGAAAAUCCCGAAAAAUCGCCUCAUGUGUUUCACAAUUUGAUGGAUGCAAAACUGAAACUUAUGGAUCCUUCAGUGCAAUGCAGUGAUAACGUAAUGACACUCAAGCUCAAAUGGGCCAGAGCUCCUCACUUUCUUGUGGAUAGCGGGGUGGGACCUCUUAUUCCUUUGUCUCAAAUGCCCUCUGAAUGCGGCUUCACUGUGAAGAGGUCCCGGAGAGAUGUGCAUUUUGCUGCACCGUACCUGGGAUGCCAUGUUAGCCAGCAGGAUGGUAAUUAUGUACUACCACUGCGUUUAUGGGGGGCACCAAUGAAAAUGUCCUGCCCUGCUGCGUCACCACCACCACCCUCUGUUUCCUGCUUCCCAUCCGGGAUGGUGAUCAAGAUUGGUGGUAUUACAGCAAAUGAACUCAAAGUUAAGGUGUCUGGUGUGUGGAAGUCCCUUUCAUCAGUCUGUAGCAGUUGUGGAUUUGCUGUUGAACUGUUCUCUGGAGGAGUGAUGCUCACUGUACCCUAUAACAGAGGCUUAUGCGUGGAGAUUAUGGAUGAGGAGUAUGUACUCUCUCUUUUGUUGGCGGAUGUUGAGAUCUUAGUCACAUGCCCUUCAUUAAAGGACAUUAAGCCUACAAUGACAACUACGCCUCCCACUGACAGUGGCCAGUUCCUACAGAAUCCUCAGUACCCACAGUUCCCAAUGUUUGCUCAAUACCCGUUUCCUGGGCCCGCUCCUCCAGCACACACUCCUGCCCCUUCUACAGUUACAGUGGCACCUUUGCCACAACGCCCACAGCUGCCCUCAGGUGCUGCCACAGACACUGAAAAUCAAGAAACCGCUGCAGUUCAGCACCCUUCGUUUCCAUUCAUACCACAAUAUCCACAGUUCCCUCAAUACCCUCUGUUUCCCAGACCUGUACCACCAACGCAGUCUACUGCUAAUAAAAACACUGCUGCUUCUCCAGCCCAGUUACCUCAGGUGCCACAGUCCCCACAGUAUCAAAUUCCUUUUUUCCCACAGUUCCCCAUGGUACCUGGAAUUGUCCAUUCAACGUCCCCUUCGCCUCCUCCUGCCAUCGGCACAGAGACUUUGGUAACCACACCUGCCCCCACCACGAGGCAUGAUGGGAAGCCUCAUGUUCCUCAGCAGCCACAGUUUCUAAUGCCCCCUCAGUAUCCUUUCCUGCCAUUCCCAAAACUCCCACUGCCUCCAGAAGGCCAGACUCAAGCUUUUCAGGAUCCUAAACCUGUAAUCCAGCAGCCCAAACCGUAUCAUGCAUAUCCUCAGACCUACCAGAUCCCUGUGUUGUAUCCUCCUCGCAGGUAUCCUUCUCAAAGACAAAGUACUCAGACUGCAGCUCCAACUCCCUCAACAACCAGUGCAGCUACCAUCCUAAAGCCUGCUGUACAAAAUCCAUUUUAUUACCCACACCCUUAUAUGCCAGCAUAUUAUGUUCCUCAAACUCCCAUGCCAGAAUUCCCUGAUCCUCCAACUACACCUCCCGCAAACCCAACCCCACCUGAUCAGCAGGAACAUCAGCCCGUCUACCGUGCGAUGCCUCCGUUUUAUCCUUUUCCGUCUAAUCAAAGGCCAAAAUCAGCUGGCAGUGACUGGUAAAGUUCCCCAGGAGCAUCAUACUUGAUCUGUUUUGGUUAACCUCAUGGAUAUGGCUAGCCAAGUGGUCAGAAACUAACUAACUCUAUGGAUCUUUUCCUGCUGAGUGGACAUGACUGAAAUGUUACAGGGCAAGCAGAUUAAUUUCCUUGCAUUUAGAAAGGAUUCAAAAUGUAAAUUUGCUUAAUAAUAAAUGGCAAAGUUAGCUAUGCA